AUGGAGGUGGAAGCACAGUCGAAUCAACAAGUGAAGAAGAAGAAGAUGAUGAUGGGCACGGACAGAAAAAAAAGUAGUAGAAGAAGAAGAUGCAUAUGUCUCUCUGUUACGGCCGUUAUUCUCUCUCUGGGAAUGUUGUUUCUAAUUCUAGGUCUCACAGUUUUCAAGACUAAGCGUCCCGUUACAACCGUUAACUCCAUCUCUCUGGACGAUCUGGAUCUCUCCAUCGACAUAGCCAGGCUGAGUGUCCGGUUGAACGUGACGCUAGACGUCUCUGUUUCCGUCGAAAACCCUAACAGAGUCGGCUUCAAGUACACCAACAGCACUGCUUUCCUAAGAUACAAAGAAAACGACGUCGGCGAGGUCCCCAUCCCGGCCGGCAAAAUUGAUGCUCGGGACACCCGCAGUUUGAACCUCACACUCACCUUGAUGGCGGAUCGACUUCUCUCCGACUCCAAUUUGUACUCCGACGCCGCCUCCGGCACCUUGCCCUUUCAGACCUACAUCAGAAUUUCAGGGAAGGUGCGCCUACUCUUCAAUAUCCACGUCGUCACCUACACCACCUGCGAUCUCCAAAUUGAUCUCAUCAACCGGGCGGUCUCUAACCAGAAGUGCCAAUACAAGACCAAAUUAUAG